AUGCCGACGCAGAAACAGCAGCAGCAACAGCGGCGACAGUCAAAAACACCUGAUUGCGACUGCCACUCCAGGUUACCUCUUCCGCGAAAGGAUCAAACUCCGGCGACAAAUGCGGUCCGUGACAUGCACAGUCCAUCCCGCCAUGGACGACAGCAUUGGCAGUCACCUAGCCUAACGCUUGUAAGAUGGCUGAGCUCAGCUGACCUUGACUCAGUGAGCCUUGAGGACUCGUGCGCUGCCAGAAAAUCACUGGACACGUCCGACAAUACGAUAACGCUUACGCGACCACAAUGUCUCCCGAAAGCUACGGAGGCGUUCAUCGACACGGCUUCCCCAUCACCCGAACGCUUACGGAUGUCGCCUGGAUCAGAGGUUGGUUUGGUCGAACCAGUCGAAUCAAAUUCCGACAGUGAGGACUCCAACCUGCCUUUGGACUUCCGAUCCAAACUCUCCUCCCAGAGUACAUUUGUCAUCUCGCCUUCGUCCUCGGAGGAACUAACCGAAGUCAUUGAUAUCACAUCACCUCUAUCAACACAGGUAGGGUGGCUUCAUCGUCAAGAAUUGUUCAGUUAA